CUUGCUUCAUGACACACGUCUUGGUAUCCCGUCACUCAUGCAAUCCGAGGGUAUCCACGGAUACUUGGAUCUCAAUGGUACUCUUUUCACCAGCCCUCUUGGUUUCGCUUGCUCUUUCAACCCAGAUUUGGUUGAGGAACUUGGCAACGUUGUUGGUUCUGAAGCCGAAAGUAUGGGUGUCAAUAAUAUCUUUGGUAAGGACGAUUUUCUCCAACUAUUCGGCAUCAUAUGAUAUAAUUCUUAUCCGGUAUUCUUUUAUCGAAAGCUCCUGUUCUGGACUUGUCAAGAGAACUUCGUUGGGGAAGAGUUGAAGAAAAUUAUGGUGAAGAUCCCCAUCUCACUGGUAAGCCUACUUGUCAGCUUGGGCGCAGCCAUCAGUUCCGAUAUUUACGUUUACUCUUCAAUAAUAGGCGAGCUUGGCUAUGCUUUUGUUACCGGUUUGCAAGGUUCAAAGAAGGCUGGUACUGGUAAAGCAGCAAAAUACCGUGUUGCAUCCAUGGUGAAGCACUUUGUCGCAUUUGGAAGCCCCGAAGGUGGUCUCAACACUGCACCGGUCGCUGGUGGUGAGAGAGACUUGCGCUCAUUGUACCUUCCUCCCUUCAAGCGUGCCAUCAAAGAUGCCGGCGCCUUAUCAAUCAUGAGUGCCUAUCACUCAUAUGAUGGUGUUCCUGCUGCAGCUAAUAGUCACGCCAUGAAUGAUGUUCUCAGAGGCGAGUGGGACUAUGAGGGUUUUGUCUCAUCCGAUGCUGGUGCCAUCGACUUCUUGUGCUCCAUCCAUCACAUUUGUGAGACUAGUACUAACGGCGUCACCAAUCCUGAGCCUGCUCUGAUUGCACUGAACGCUGGUAACGACAUGGAGAUGGCUGGUUCCACUAUGCACUAUUUGACAAUCGUCGACCAAGUGAAAAAGGGUAACCUCAAGGCUUCCGUUGUUGAUGAAGCUGUUAGCCGUAUUCUCCGGGUCAAGUUCUUACUUGGUCUUUUUGAAAAUCCCUGGACCUCAUCUAACUACAACAAGGUCAUCCACUCCAAAGCCAACGUUGAGUUUGCUCGCAAGGUCGAUGAGGAAUCCAUAGUCCUUUUAGAAAACGACGGAACUCUUCCUAUCUCUGAAUCCAUUGAAUCCAUUGCUGUCAUUGGACCUCAAGCCAAUGUCAUGCAAUAUGGUGAUUAUGUCCUUCAUGGUGUCUUUGAACGUGGUGUUACUCCACUCGCAGGAAUUCAAUCCUACGUCGGAAAGUCAACCAAGGUGAACUACGCCGAGGGCUGCAAGCUCUGGUCCAAUGAUGAUAGCGGAUUCAAGGAUGCCGUCAAAGCCGCCAAAAAAUCCAAGGUUGCUGUUGUUAUGGUCGGAACGUGGUCCAGAGAUCAAACUGAGCUCUGGCAAGGCUUGAAUGCCACUACUGGUGAACACGUUGAUGUCAAUGAUUUGGCUCUUGUUGGAGCCCAGCUUAAGCUUGUUCAAGCUAUCCAAGCAACUGGUACCCCAACUGUUGUUGUGUACAUCAGCGGAAAGCCUAUUGCUGAACCAUGGAUUAAGGAUAACGCCAACGCAGUUGUUCAAGCUUUCUAUCCAGGUGAGCAAGGUGGUAACGCUUUGGCCAAUAUUCUGUUUGGUAAGGUCAACCCAAGCGGCAAGCUGUCUGUAUCCUUCCCUACCUAUGUCGGAUCUCUCCCCAGUUACUACAACUAUAACAAGGGCGGCCGCUCUAUUGACCCAGGUCACAUUUAUGCUAACGGCACACUCGUUUUCGGUCAUCAAUAUGUUCUUGGAACGCCUGUCCCCAUGUGGCUGUUCGGACAUGGUCUUUCUUACACCACUUUCACUUAUGAGUCGGCCAAGGUCGAUCAAUCCAAGGUUUCCGCUAAGGCAUCGCAGGUCGAAGUCGAAGUUAAGGUCAAAAACAGUGGCAAGGUGGAUGGACAAGAGGUUGUUCAGGUCUAUAUCAAUGAUGUUGUUUCAUCCGUGGUUACACCGGUUAUGGCUCUCAAAGGAUUUAAGAAAGUCGCCAUCAAGGCUGGCAAGACUGUCACUGUCAAAAUUCCUAUCAAGGUUUCUGAACUUGCUGUGUGGGCUCAGAGCCAAAAGUACGUCGUAGAACCCGGCGUUUUCCAAGUCUACGUUGGAGGUAGCGCCGAGACUGCAACGCUUGCUACCAACUUCACCGUUUACUAAGGCGAGCUAAUAUUAAUCUCGUACCACUUUUUUUCUCUUUCAUUAACUGUUAUCAUGACAAGAAUUAAAAAAAGAAAAUACAUUAUACUAAAAUACAGAAACAACCUGAGAUUAAGCUAUUUAAUUCUUUUGGAGCUAGCCGUUACCCCCU